AUAGUUUGGGAAUGGAACUUGACCCGACUCGAUUUUCAUCACAUCGGUCACCAGCAGCUCAUAGUGCUUCUUCACUUCCUCCACAGUUUUCCCUCCGACAGCCUUGGCAACAUUGUACCAACGGUCGGGUGUGUCCUUGUCGUAAACGGCCAAAGCCCUCUCGAAAUCUUUGUUCUGCUUCGCCGUCCACGAACCGGAACCAGAAAACGAAGCUAGAAAUGGCGUCGUUUUGCAGGUCAGUGAUAAUGGCGGGUUCUAGAUCCCUCUCUGUUCGAUCCAAAGCCCUUAGUUUAAAGAACCUAACCCCAAAGUCAAUCUCUAUUCCUUUCUCUUCUCCAUCAACAAGAGCCCUCCCUUGUGCUUCAAGGAUCCUAUCGGUGCUGGGAGGAGUAGAGUCGAUGAUACCACUUCACAGUGCCAUUGCUUCUGCUCGGUUACAAUCAAGCAUCGCUGUUGAUUCCUCCUGCUGGAGCUGGCUCUCUCAAGGAUUUGCAGCACCACUGUGACAAAGCUGGAUCCUUUGUUGGACAAAUAAAAGCAGGGAUCCUUUUAGGAACCUAUGUAAUUGAAAACAAUCUGUUCAAGAUUUUGUCUUUGUAUUCUGAAUUCAUGCAUUGUUCCAAGAUUUUAACUUAGCCGUGUAUGUUUUGUUUUCUGCACAAGUGAAUCUUUUUUGGCUCCAAAAUCAUAAUCUCCUAGAGAUUGAUUAGUUUCAUUCCUUUGUUUUUGCUGGCUCUGCUGUGUUUUUAGAUUUGUUUCGACUUUCGAGCUUCUUUAUGGCGUGUUGAAUGAUAGAAUGACAUGCUGUUCUUGCUAGGGUACUCGAACGUUUUCGACA